AUUUGAAAAUAUUGGAUAUCCUCUUAUUGUAAUAAUUUUGUUAGAAACAAUGAGUGAAAACUUUCAGAAUUGUUGCCGAAUAUGCCUAGAUGUAGAUUCAGAGCACGUGUCUAUUCAUGAGGAUCCUAUAAUUCAUCUCCACAUAAAAUCUUGUCUUGCAAUGACUAUUUCGGCAACAGAUACGCUUCCAAAAGAAAUUUGUGGUUCUUGUGUCUCACAAUUGAGUGAAUUUUACAAUUUCCAACUGAAUGCACGCUGCUCACAAGACUUGUUGGAAUCUUCAGCUGAAGAACAGUCAAAAAAGUCAACUGAGACUAAGACACCUAUUCAGCCGUUACCCGACUCCGAAUACAACUCAGACUCGCUAUUAGAAUUUUUAAAUAAUACUGCCAAUAUAGAGGAGUAUUUGCACAACCUGGGAAAAGAAGACAUACCAUCUAUAGUAAAUAUGUUGGAUAGAAAUAAUGAAAAUUCAGUGGACGGGGUUAAUAAAAUUUUACAUGCCAAAACAAUGAAAAACACUAGUCCUAUAAAGAAAAAUAAGAUUAAAACUGGUUUAAGCAUGGAAGUAGACGUAUUAGAUUCAGACAUAGAAAUUGUACAAGAAAUUUUAAUGAAGGAGUCUCCAAAGAAAAUUGAAUCAAAAGUUUUAGAAGGAAUUGUAUGCUUUGCUUGUGGAAAUAAAUUUGAUACCAUACAAAAGUUAUCCCAACACAUAAGUGUUUGUGAUAACGCUACUAGAACUUGUCUAGAAUGCAGUCUUCUAUGUGAUUCUAGAAGGAAAAUGCUGCAGCACAGAAUGACUCACAAUACUUUAAUGCCGCUGACUUGCGCCUGUGGGAAACAGUUUCAAAGUGAAGAGUUGCUAACAGACCACUUCAGAGUGUGUCAUAUUGAUUACAUGGCAUUGCUUGGUUGUAAUUUUCGGUGCAAGCAAUGCGGGGAAUGUUUCAAGGAAAGGUUUCAGUUGUACCGGCAUGCAAGGGGACAUAUUAUGAAGGCCCAAGAAAGGGCUUGUGAUAUUUGCGGACACAGAUUUAUUGGGGAUGAUGCACUAGCAAAACAUAAGCUGGAGGAACAUAAUAAAAGUGAUAAAACAAUGUAUAGGUGCAAAGUCUGUGGAAUAACCUCAUCAAACCAUAAAGAGAUCUACACACACAUAUUGGGGCACACGGCCAAAACAGAACCCACCCGGCACCUCUGUGAAUCCUGUGGCCGCAGUUUCAGCACUCACACAUCUCUAGCCCGUCACGCUGUCAUACAUAAAAGUAUAUACAGUUGCACAUUGUGUGAUGAAAAGUUUACAUGUGUGCGUUUGAGGGAUGAUCAUCUGUUGGAGCAUAGAGAAAUGACAAUGUGUGAGAGAUGUGGAGGAAAUGUUUAUUGCUGUGAGCUAGAAAAGCAUUCAUGUUGUUAAUUAUAUAUGAUCAAACGAGCUUCGCAAGCGAAGUUCGAUCGAUAUUAUAUG